CUUGUCUCCUGUUUCUGCAGAGUAUUUGUUACCUGAUAAUGAGUGCCUCCACGUAUACCUUCAUAAUGAUGUGGGAGUACAGCCAUUACCUGCUGUUCGUACAGGCCUUGGUUCUGUCGCUGCUUGAUGGUCUAUCCAUGGUCCACAAAGACAAGGUGUAUGAAAUACAUAGAAUGUACUUAUUUGCUGUAUUCGUUGGGUAUCUACUCCAAUUUGAGAAUUCUGCACUACUAACCUCUCCGUUGAUUAGCCUUGUGGCAGGUUCAAUGAUUGCCAAAAGCCUUCAGAUUAGUGUAAAAAAGGGCACAUUCAGAGCAAAAGUGAUGAAGAUAAUGUAUUUUUAUUUGGCGUUCACGAUAGCAGUAUCACUUAAUUUUUUUAUAAGGUCUGUGGUUCCCCAUAAAGAAAAUUGGCAAAUUAUGAAACUCCUUGAAGUAAAAUUUGGGCUUAACAUAACCAAAAACUUCACAGUAAAUUGGCUGCUGUGCCAGGAUUCCUUGCAGCCUCCAUCGCAGGACUAUAUUUUACGGCUCACACAGUCCUCCCUUUUGCCUUUCUAUUUGCUGGUGUUGCUGAUCUGUGUCUUUUCAGUGCUUCAAGGCGUGUUUCGGAGGAUUCGGGGUGGACAAAGAAGUGAUAAUUUCAAACUUGAGGAGGGCAGGAUAGGGGAAAGACCAGAGGUCAUCUACCAUGUGGUUCAGACUAUUGUGCUGGGGCUUUUUGCCAUGAUCUUUGAAGGUAUGAAGUAUCUAUGGACGCCCUAUGUGUGCAUGCUUGCUGCCUUUGGGGUGUGCUCACCUGAACUUUGGACAACACUUUUCAAGUGGAUUCGGUUAAAAACUGUACAUCCAGUGAUGCUGGCUCUCAUUUUAAGUGUUGCAGUCCCUACUGUUAUUGGAUUCAGUCUAUGGCGGGAGUUUGUUCCUAAGAUCGUUGCAGAGCUUUCAGAAAUGGAUCAGCAUUACGAGUCAGACACUAUUGAACUCAUGAACUGGAUCAAGGGGCAGGCUCCUCUUGCUGCAGUAUUUGCUGGAAGCCCACAGUUAAUGGGUGUGAUCAAGCUUUGCACGGGUUGGAUGGUAACCAGCCUCCCAGUCUAUAAUGAUGAAGACUUCAUGAAAAGGAACGAAAAU